AACCCAUCAUUAUCUCGUUUCCUUCGAUCUCUCUCUUCUCUUCUCCUCUCUUGAGCUCCCCCUGUCGACUCCCAACUCCCCCGAGGUCUCAGGUCUCACGCCGCCGGCCGCCGCCCUCCCCGCCGCGUUGCUCCCCGCCGACCCUCCCGCGAGAUCCACAGAGUGCCGCCACUCAGCCUCCCGCAUCUCCCCUGCCGGAGGAGCGGACCCAAAUUGGCGCGUCUCCCUCUGGCUCGCGCCGUCACCUGCUCCUGCCAAGCGGCGAUCCCUCCCCGCGGACGCGGCGGGCCGAGGCGUGAUGUGCGGAUCGGAGCAUGGACGUGAUCGCCUCGCCCAGUAGAAGCUGCAGCAGCCGUCGUGGGAGCAGGUUUCGCGCGGUCUACUGCCAUGACGAUCUACCUAGCUCGGGAGGCUUCCAAGGUAUGGAGGAAGGUGUGCGCGGAGACGACGACCGAGCUGCCGCUGCUUCGCGAGAAGUGGCCGCUACUCCUCGCUGGGAUUGUGUUCCAGUAUAUUCAUGGGCUGGCUGCUCGAGGAGUGCAUUACUUGCAUCGGCCUGGACCACUGCUCCAGGACCUGGGAUUUAUGGCCCUUCCAGAGCUUGGACAAGACAGAAAUUACAUUAGUGAAUGCACAUUUGUUUUCAUCUUCUUCUCCUUUUUUCUGUGGACCUUUCAUCCUUUCAUUUAUCAUAGCAAACGCUUCUACACCAUCCUAAUCUGGCGCAGGGUGCUCGCUUUUUUAGUUGCUUCACAGGUUUUAAGGAUCAUUACAUUCUAUUCCACCCAGCUUCCGGGUCCAAACUAUCACUGUCGUGAGGGCUCAACUAUGGCCACUCUUCCACCACCCAAUAAUGUGCUUGAAGUGCUCCUGAUUAAUUUUCCCCGUGGAGUAAAUCUUGGCUGUGGUGAUCUUAUAUUCUCAUCCCAUAUGAUUUUCACUCUUGUUUUCGUUCGAACAUAUCACAAAUAUGGCUCAAAAAGGUUUAUUAAGCUCCUUGCCUGGAUAAUGGCUAUAAUUCAAAGUCUUCUCAUCAUUGCUGCUCGCAAGCAUUACACCGUCGAUGUUGUUGUUGCUUGGUAUGCCGUUAAUCUAGUUGUGUUCUUUGUGGACAACAAGCUCCCAGAAAUGCCGGACCGUACAAACGGAUCGCCCUUGAUUCCGCUGAGCACCAAAGAUAAAGACGGCAGGUUGAAGGAUGAGAAGGACGUGAGGCUCAAGGAUGAGUUCCAUAAGUUGUUGAACGGAAACCAUGGGGAUCCCACCGAUCGGCGACAGCGGGUGCAGAUGAACGGGAGGCACCCCGAGGAGGACAUGCUCUCCGACGCCACGCCCAACGGCGCGUGACGGGGAGUUGAGUUUUUCGUCUUGGCGCGCCCAAGGAGAAUCCUGUGGGCGAUGGCCUUUUUUCUCUUUGUGUAUCGGUGCUGAAACCGAACAAGACAGACGCCCACCAUCCCUUCCUUAUUGCGAUGGCCUUCCUUUGAACAAAAGAUAUGUGGAUGUGGAUGUGGGUGUAAAUGUAUAUAUCGACCUGCUUAAUUCUAUGAUGAAUCUAUCCAUCCAUUGA